UCUUAUAAUUUCUGAACGGUACUUCCAAUAUCAAAAUUCUCAAACACGUGUUGUAUAUGUCAAAUUUGCGAGUGAUUUCAAAGUUUAGCUCGUGAAAUAUUAUUUUUGUAACUUUCUAGGCAUGAAAAAUAAAUAAAUUACGUGUUUUCAAACAGUAGUAGGUGGAAAUUGUAAUCCAAAAUGGCUCAUAUAUCUUAUCCAUUCAAAAAAACUAACAAAACUUUGUAUCAAAAACCAGCAUCUAUACUUACAGAAGAUUCACUGUAUUGGAAGAAAUUAGGGCUGCCGUACUUAGUGAAAGAGUUUGGUGCUAUUGACUAUUUAGAUUUCAGUCCAGUUGAACCGUACUAUUUUGCCGCAACAUGCUCAGUGCGAGUGCAGAUUUAUGAUCCAAUAACAAAAGUUGUUGCAAAGAAUAUUUCUAAAUUUGUGGAAGCGGCUUAUGGUGCUACUUUUAGAACCGAUGGACGUUUACUGGUAGCUGGAAGUGAAGAAGCAGUGGUCAAAUUAUUUGAUGUUCAGUCUAAGAAUGUUCUUAGAGUGUUUACAGGACACACAGGACCAGUCCACAGAACAUUCUUCACAAAAGACCAAGUUAAAGUUCUCAGUUUGUCAGAUGACAAAUCAGUUUGCCUCUGGGAUAUUGCAACAGAAGAAAAGGUCGCCACUUUCUCUGAACACACAGACUAUGUGAGAGCAGGAGCACCAAGCCCCAUAUCCCCAGAUAUAAUUCUUUCAGGAGGAUAUGACCAUGCAGUAAAACUUUAUGACUGUAGAUCUAAUGAAACUGUUUUAACAGUAAAUCAUGGCAGUCCAGUUGAAUCAACACUGUUCUUACCUUCCGGAGGCUUGUUCAUCAGUGCAGGAGGAACAGAAAUCAAAGUCUGGGAUAUAUUCAAUGGAGGAAAGCUACUUGCCAACAUUUCACAACAUCAUAAAACUGUAACAACACUCCGUCUUGCAAGCAACAAUAGCAGGCUAAUGUCAGCAUCUUUAGACAGACAUGUUAAAAUUUACGACAUAUCUAGUUUCAAGGUUGUUCACAAUAUUGACUUCCCCAAUGCAGUACUGAGCAUGGCAAUUUCAGAACAUGAUGAUGUCUUGGCUGUCGGUAUGGUGGAUGGUGUUAUUUCAAUAAGAAAAAGAGAACAACCAAGUCAUCACACUGGAGAAAAGCAAGGACUAUUCAAAUUUGCACCAGACCAUGUUGAAGUUGGCACAACUACAGUAGAUACAGUUGUAUCAAAACAAAAAGCUGUAAUAGAACCAGAAUGUGAUAAACUACUGAGAAAAAGUGAAUUUAGCAAAGCAUUGGCUACAGUGCUUAAAGCUGUUGUAGCAACAAAGCAUCCAGAAAAAACGGCUGCUGUUAUUCAAGAAAUGUUACGCAGGAAAAUUCUUCACAUUGCAAUGGUUGGAUUGGAUGAACAGAAAAUAGGAGCAUUACUAAAAUUCUUUAUUAAAAAUCUUGGUGAAACUAGAUUUACAAGAACAGUCAUUGAUGCUGCCAAUGUCUUUGUAGAUGUUUUUGAUGCUCAAGUUAAAUUAUUUUCAGAACAAAACUUGUGGUUGUAUAAGUCUUUGCAGAAAGAGUUAAGAGAAGAAAUAGAAGUAUGUAAGAAAGUCAGUGAACUUGAAGGAGCUAUUAGUCUGUUACUAGCUGGAGCUCAAGUUGAUACAAGUAGCACUUUAGAAUCAAAUGAACCUUUAAUACCUUCAACUAAAGCGCAGAAGGAAAUUGUUAUUGAUGUAUGAAUAAAAAAUAUAAAAUAUUUUGA